AUGGUGAGUGUGAAGUUCUUUAUUUUGGCCACUUGCCUGCUGGCUUACGCCGCCGGAGAUGUGUCACAUUUGCCGUUGGAGCUUCUGGAGGAGCACCAUGAGCAUGGCUACGGCUAUGACUACCCCAAGCCGGAGGUGCCCUUUGUGAUUACCAGCACCACAAAGCCGCCACCACCGCCGCCGCCACCAACUUACCUGCCACCCAAGCCGGUGCCCACCUAUCUGCCUCCCCCACCACCCACCACUACUACCACUACGACCACAACUACGACUACCACUACACCUGCUCCUACCCCCGCUCCCACUUACCUGCCUCCUCCUCCUCCCACAACCACCACCACCACACCUGCUCCUACUCCCGCUCCCACCUACCUCCCUCCCCCGCCACCUCCACCAAGAACCACUACUACCACCACAACAACUACUCCGGCUCCCACGCCAGUGCCCACCUACCUGCCGCCUCCUCCUCCACCUCAGCCAGAGCCUGAGCCAGAGCCCGAUCACGGCUACCACUAUGAAGCCCCAGCCGAGGCAUUCAUCUUCUAA